CGAUACUCCACGCUUUCGUCACUUUUGCAGAGAAGCGCACGCGGUUCGCGACACGGAUAAACACGGUGCAUCGGUGGAUCGGUGACGAUCGAUUCUCUCUCAUCGUUUAUGUUGAGAGUCGACCAAGAGUAAUACGGUUGAUUAGCUCGGUCGGUAUUCGAUGAGUCGAUGAGGAAUUUUUAAAUCCGAUUCGAAAGCUUCGCAGAACAACGGUUUGACGGAAUUCUCUCGUCGUCGUCGAUUCGAUACAACGAGGCAUCGUUGUCUAAGUAAAUAUACAUAUACAUCACGUAGUGUGACGGGAGGAGAGAUCUUGAAGAUUCGCUCGAAUAAAGUUAUAUCACGUAAUGUGACGGAAGAAACUGUUGUACGCAGUGCACUCGUGUUUAAACUUUUAAAACUUUACUUAUACUUUUCUGUAUUCCUUUCUGUAUUAUCGAAAAAACUAUUGAUAUCGUAUCGAUAUUGCAUAUCAAAUGAUCGUAUACAGUUAAUAAACGAAAGAGCUCGGUUUCGGAAGUUUUUUUCUUCGAUCGUUGCCUCGCGAGCUCUCUCGCUCACCCGUGGGGAGGGUCGAGUUUGCCGAGUGAAUUUCUAAUCCGUGGGUCAAUAAAUCUCUCUCGUGAUCGUCGUGAUCGACCUGCGACUUUCCUUGCCUUCCACGAGAGAGAAAGAGAGAGAGAGAGAGAGAGAGAGAAAAAAAAGAGAAAGAGAGAGAUAACUAAACGAUACAUUAUGAAGGACUUUAUGAUGAUAUGGAACCGACUCACCGGUCGUCGUUACUCGAACGUCAACCCGAGCCAGAAUCAAAACGACAUUAACGAGGCGGAGGAGGCUACGAUAAGUAGAAGGGCGAACGAAUUGAGAAGAAAGUCUUCGAUCGUGGUCAAUAAUAUAUUUAAUGCGGCUCUAUCUGUGCAGACUAAUGGAAGGACGAAAUGGUUCAAGAGUAUUUUCAUACUGAUGAUUUUGGGAUGCCUCGGUCUUGCAACCGGUUGCAUUCUCUUCGUGUUUCAACCGUACGAGCUACUUUUUAAACUGAAAAUAAUCUUCAGCCCCAACAGCGAGAUAUUCGAGUUAUGGCAGAAACCGGAUGUUGAACUUUAUCUGAAGGUCUACCUUUUCAAUGUAACAAAUCACGAAGAGUUUUUGUCCGGCAAGGAGAGCAAGUUAAAGUUCCAAGAAGUUGGUCCCUACGUUUAUAGAGAAUCAUUCGAACAUGCAAAUGUUCUAUUCAAUGAUAACAGCACGGUGACGGCGCGGUUGCUUCAUCCAUUGGAAUACGUACCGAAAAUGAGCAACGGCACGGAGGAGGACGAAAUGAUAUUACCAAACAUCGCGUUAUUCAGUAUCACGAACGUAAUGAGGAAUGCCGCAUAUCUAUCUAGAUUAGGAUUAAACUUAUUAAUCCUUAAUACAAAUUCUCAUCCUUUGAUCAAAAUGACUGCUAAAGAGUUUAUGUUCGGAUACAAAUCUACUCUGGUCACUUUGGGCAAUAAGAUGAUGCCAUUCUGGAUCAAAUUUGAUAAAUUGGGUCUUAUAGAUAGGAUGUAUGAUUUUGAUGGUGAUUAUGUAACUGUUUAUACUGGCGAAACCGACGUACGUCGAACAGGCCUAAUUGAAAAAUAUAAUGGCAAUGUAAAUCUACCGCAAUGGACAGGAAAAUGUGCUAAUGUGAAUGGAGCUAGUGAUGGAGUAAAAUAUCCUAGUUACAUUGAGCCGAAUGAUACUAUAUUAUUCUUUAGAAAAAGUCUCUGUCGCGCUGCCCCUAUGAUUCGAAUCGAAGAAACGAGUAUAAAAGGGAUGCAUGCGUAUAAAUAUAUAUUCAUUGAAAAUAUACUUGACAAUGGCAUCUAUAAUCCGGAGAACAAAUGUUUCUGUCGUCAUGGAUAUUGUUUAAAAGCUGGUUUAAUUGAUGUCACCGAUUGUUAUUAUGGAUUUCCAAUUGCUCUUUCGUAUCCACACUUCUACAAGUCCGAUCCAAGUAUUUUGGAAGCUGUCGAAGGCUUAAAUCCAAAACCUGAACUUCACGAAUCUUAUGCCUAUAUUCAACCAAAAUCAGGUCUUCCAUUAAAAGUUGCUUUCCGUUUUCAAAUCAAUAUGGCUUUACAAAAUAUCGAACACAUGGCAAGAGUAGAAAAAUUCGGAGACAUGGUUUUACCGUUACUGUGGUUUGAAAUCGGAAUGAACGAAUUACCAUUAUCAAUGUAUAUUCGCUUUUGGUUUUAUUUAAAUUUCUUACCAAUUCUUCAAGAUAUAGUAACGUAUUCUUCGUUGAUUAUUGGCAUUAUACUCAUAAGUGUUGGUAUUUGCAAAAUUUUUGUAUAUUCACCAAACAAAUCAACAUCAGCUCGACAAUGGUUAAAUUCUAAAAUGAAAAAUCAAAAGUUGCAAUUUUUUAACAACAGACGAAUGUCAUGUAAAAUUAAUGAAAUGGAUACUUAUAGUUCAUUAAUCGAAUCGAAAAAUGUAAACACAAUGCCAGAAGGAAUAACAAAAUUAUUAUCUUUAAAAGAAGAUAUCGUGUGAUCAUUAAUACCUGAAUAAGACAAUAAAAGAGGCUAUAUAUUCUCCAUGUAAAGUUGACGUAUAAAAUGAACAAAACUUGUGAGACUUUGAGGUUCGAGGCAAUAUAACAGUACAGUAAUUGAUUCAAACAAAAUCUACAUCGAUAAGUAAGGAAAUUGAUAUAUCUAUUUUUAAAAAUAAGGAUUUUCACAUUUUCAAACUUAAUAAUACAAUUUCAAAAAAUCAAAAA